UGGAGACACAAUGACUAAAUUCUAGUAAAACAUUUGGGAAACUGUGUACAUAUUUUUACUAUCAUAUGUAAUUUGAUCAUAAUAUUAGUGUCUAGAGCUAAAGGAUUAGAUAUGUUUAAGUAUCUGACAGUGAGAUCUUUUAGAGAAUUUGCAGCCAAUACAAGCAAAUACACUUUACAAAAUGUUUCAGCUCGUAGACAACUUCACACCACUCAGAUACCCUGGAGGGACACACAUAACCGAACGUUUCCCAUGGUUUACUACUACCAAAACCCUCUCGACUGGCUUAAGAUUAAAUGGCAGUUGCUAAAGUUGAAGAAAUGGGAUAGAGAUUUCAAUGAGAAUGAUUUUUUUGUCGGUUCCACCUACGCUAUUUCUUCAGUAACUCACAAAAUAAGGUUGGAAAGCUACAACGAGCUCGAAGGUCUACUCACACCGAUAGCCUUGUCUAAACUAAAAAGAGACAUUUUGGUUCUGUGGAAUGAUGAUAUACUGAGGAACAUUGCUUUAAAGUUGACUGAUAUUAAGUUGGCUGUUCCAACCAAAGUUCAACUACGUUCAGUUCCUCUAUCUCCAGCUAAGCUGUGUGAUAUAGACAUGUGGUACAUGGCCAUGAAAUGGCAAGACCCUAGUAACACUGCACUUCUCAUCAUUGACGUUGUCGCCAGAUUCAACAGGGACUUUAACCACCCUGACUGGACAAUUUCCUUCUUUGAACUUAGGAAAUACCAUGUGCAAAACUACAAUCAACUAUAAGAUAAAUGUAUGUUUUGUAUUUUAUUGUCUCAGUGCACAAGAUUAAGAUUGUGACCAGUUGUGCUUAGUUUGUAAAAAAAUAAACAACAUAAAUUACAACCAAU